AUGAUGCCAAACAUAACCAUCAUCAUGGAUUUCUUGCUUAUGGGAUUUUCUGAUCAACGGGAGUUCCAGUUUUUGCACUUUGUGGUCUUCCUCCUGAUGUAUCUGGCUAUCCUGAUAGGAAAUCUUCUCCUCAUCAUUUUGGUAGUGAUGAACAACCAUCUUCAGAAACCAAUGUACUUCUUUCUGGUCAAUUUAGCAAUUGUUGAUCUGGGAUCCACCUCUGUCACCAUUCCCAGGUCAAUGGCCAGUGCCCUCAUGAACACAAGAAAGAUAUCCUAUUCUGAAUGUGCUGUGCAAAUGUUUUUCUUUGUUUUCUUCCUGUCAUCAGACUUUUUCCUUCUCACUGCUAUGGCCUAUGACAGAUAUGUGGCUAUCUGUCAUCCUUUACAUUACAUGUCUGUAAUGAAAUGGGGAAGCUGCUUCCAGAUGGCAGGGUCUGCAUGGAUGCUCGGUUUUCUUAAUGCUGCCAUGCAUGCAGGAACCCUUUUUUCAUUGCCCUUCUGUUCCACAGUCAUCCAUCAGUUCCUCUGUGAAAUCCCACACCUCAUGAAGAUUUCCUGCUUUGACCCCAAAUUCAGUGAAAUCCAUGUUCUUCUCUUUAGUUCUUUGCUUUGUGGUGUUUUUUUUAUUUUAAUUGUCAUGUCCUAUGUAAAAAUCUUUAAGACCAUAUUGAGCAUGUCUUCAGUGGCCAGUAGACAAAAGGCCUUCUCUACUUGCAUUCCCCAUCUCCUUGUUGUCUGCUUAUUAUGUGGUACAGGUAUGUUUUCUCAAUUCAUAUCAAAUUCUGCAUCUUCUUACAAUUGGGAUGUGGUCCUUGCAGUGAUCUACUCUGUGAUCCCUCCGAUGAUGAACCCUGUAAUCUAUAGCAUGAGGAAUAAGGAUAUCAAAGCUGCUUUAUGGAUGAUGUUUAAUCAAAGGAUUACAAAUCAAAAUACAGAACCUGCUUAA